UCGUGGUUAGUUAAGUGCACACAACAGGGGCUGCGUUACAUUUCGAAGUUUUGUAAGAAUAAUUCAUCUUAUUAUAGACUCUACUUAGUAAUUGCUCAUGGCUCUCCGAAUGUGUGUGAGAUUUUCCAGAGUCGCCCCACGACUGUGCUGGGACAGUGACGUCCUUCAUAGUGCCUUUGUCCCGAGCGGACGAAUCCCCCUGCCAGGAGGACUUUCCAACACACAGCGUCUUGACACAACUCCAGAGUUGUGGCUCGGUUGCCGCAGAUUCGGUUCGGUGUCACCGAGCACUGAUGUGACUUACGAGCAGUUGAAGAAGCUCUUGGCCGGUGGCAAGUCAGUCGUUAUAGACGUCAGAGAGCCAUGGGAGCUCCGAGAAUACGGCGCCAUCCCCGGCGCAAUCAACAUCCCUUUGGGGCAGGUGAACACCGCUCUGCAGCUAGGUCCGGAAGAGUUCAAUGAGAAGUAUGGUGGAGAGCUGCCCCAGCAGGUAGACAACAUUGUGUUCACCUGCCUGGCCGGCAUCAGGAGCAAGACUGCACUUGACAUGGCUUCCGAACUGGGAUACAAAGAAGUUCAGCAUUACCCGGGUGGAUGGCAAGACUGGGCAAAAAAUGAUCAAAACUGAAGGUUUAGCAAAAACUCAAGCUUUUUUAAAAUUGUUUUCUUACACCUGAUUUAUCUGUAAUUAAAUAUUUAAUAAGAGUUCCUGUAAAUUGUUUGUAAAAUAUUUUUUUGUUUUGACUGUGAAUCCCAAAAUGUAUCAGAAUUAUUGGCUAAACAUGCAUCAGCUUGUUUACCAGUACUACUACAAAAAUACUUGAAAUAUUUGCAAAUUUAGUUUGCUCUAUAAUUAUUGACAAACCCUUUACUACCUGUAACAUUUAAGACUGCUGAUUAUCAUAGACUAUGGCAAAGAUGCCAAUGUGUUGUUAUUACCCUGUGGCUUUAAUUAAUGCAUUGUAUUUAAACAAGAUUAAAGUGUAUUAUUGAAUAUUGUGAAUAAUUAUACAUUUCAAGUUGAUGUAAAUAUGUUGUAUUGUUAAAUGCAACUUUCCAUACAAUGUUUGUAAACCUCUGAAUUAUUACAUUUUUGAUUUACAAAUGAGUUUUUCCUCUCUUUUCAGUCCCACUGUCCAAUAUAUUUGAUUGAGUUUGUUCAUUAAAGAAAAAAAAACAUGGAAUUUGUUCAGAUGA